UGCAUUUUCACCACGACGUCCAUUCAAUCGCUGGAUAUUAUUCAAAUGGUCUAUCCAUCCCGUAAACAUGUCCUGAAGACUUUCGAACAUCUCAUCAAGGUGUUACCAGCCAACGAGCAAGCAAAGCCACAAAUAUUACUGCUGGCUGGAGAAGUUACACCCUAUCGCAAUGACACAGAUCGCGAAAUAGUCUUUCGUCAGGAAUCUAAUUUCUUCUAUCUUUCUGGCUGCACAAUACCGUCGUCGUACCUCCUCGUAUCAUACCAAGCCGGGACAUCUUUGGCGCAGACUCCCUCCAUAGAUUUGUUCAUCCCCAAGAUAGAGCUCGCCGACCUUAUGUGGUCCGUCCCUCCACCGACUCUGGAUGUUGCAAAAGAGACGCAUGAAGUCACCAAAGUGGACCAUCCAGACACUCUACCAGCCGCCAUCAAAACAUUGACGAAAGCAUUCCCGGACGCCCUCUUCCAUACCCUUCCUCGGUCCCCCUUGUUCCCAUCCAUUCCCGAUCAAUAUACUCAAAUUGUUCUGGCUACUGAAGGCGGAGCCGUGACGGAUGCAUUCCUGCUAUCUGCCCUUCACCGAACAAGAUUGAUCAAAGACGAGGACGAAAUUGCCAUGAUUCGUCACGCGAACCAUAUAAGUUCAAGGGCGCAUGAGACCGUCAUGCGGGUUCUUGGCUCUGCCGUGAAAGGAGGUAUCCAGCGCGGAGCUGGGGCUGGCAUCGAUAGGCCGCUUCUCCCGGGGGAAUGGUUAAUUGAGAAGGAAGCCGAAGCCGAAGCGAUAUUUGUGGCGUCCUGCAGAAGGGAAGGGGCCGUUCAUCAAGCAUAUCUCCCUAUCGUAGCUGCGGCGACGCGUGCAUCUACACUUCACUACUGCUGCAAUGACCGUGAAUUCGCUUGGGGCCCAGUUCGGCCGCAUGAUCAUCAUAACCAUUCCGAGUUCGCACAUACUGGCGGUAAAGAAUUCGUCCCUCAGGUCCUGCUUAUUGACGCCGGGUGUGAAUGGAGCUGCUACGCUUCGGACAUCACACGGACAAUGCCUGUGGGAAACGGCGGAAAGUUUAGCCCUGAGGCGCGAGAUAUUUAUGAACUUGUCCUCGAGAUGCAAAAGUCGGCCAUGGAUAUUAUAAAGCCUGGUGUGCAUUGGGAUGCGGUUCAGCUCCUUUGUCACCGUGUCCUCGUCAAGGGUUUCCAAAAACUUGGGAUUUUCAAGAGUCCUAAUUCUCCCGCAUCUGGUUCUUGGAACGCAGAGGAGGCCAUAUUAGCUUCGGGUGUGAGUAGCGCAUUCUUCCCUCACGGCCUUGGCCAUAGCUUGGGAAUGGAGUACGUAUAUAUAUCGUCAUCGUCUAUUUUUUCCAGGCUCUUACCAUAUUACAGCGUACAUGAUGUUCCCAGUGCCAGCAAGCCUGCUGUCAAUGACACUAUCGGCAAGAAGAUUGAAUUAGGACACUCGAGUUUCUACGACUACUUGAGGUUGCGCUUGCCACUGGAAGCUGGGAUGGUCGUGACUGUGGAGCCCGGCUGCUACUUCUCUCCGCAUCUUCUCGCUCCCGUCCGAGAAUCGAAGCACAUCAAUCCUGAUGUCCUUAAGAGGUACGAGCCUGUAGGAGGAGUACGAAUCGAGGAUGUAGUUUUGAUUACCGAGGGUGGGUUUGAGAAUCUCACCACUGUUAAAAGUGAUACAAAGUGGGUAGAAGCGGUCUGUUCAGGUGAGAUUUGAUGGUUUGAGGUGAACACUGGAAAGACAAG